UUAUUUUGAGCAAACAAAAAGCAAAACAAAUCACGUUUGAAGCAAAGAGUAAAGAAACAUUUUAAAAAGAAAAAUUAAAAAUAAUUUGUAAGUUUAGGGUAAGCCUAGAUCGCCUUUUCAAAUAUGAUUGUUUUUACAUAAAGUAUCGCUUUUCAAAGCGUCGUCAAUGACAACUAUGAUGACAAAAACGAAAAAUCAAAAUGGCAGUAAAUAACUAUCAAAGUUCAUUGAUUGAAAAGGAAAAACCUCUCGUUGCAAAAUUAUUUCUCCAUUAACGACGUUAUAAAUUUUUUUUCCAAAAAAAAUCUUCAUAUGAUGUAUUCAACAAAUGAAGAACAAGAGUUGAACAAUCGUUUACUUGAAUGUUGUACCUGGAUUGUGGAUAAAGGUAUUUCAAAUCUUGACUUGUUACCAUUGGAGUCAGCGUCAUUAUCUGACGCUCUUACGCAGAAAAUCAAAUUUGAAAAUGAUUUUUAUAAACCUGCUAAGGUCAACUUAAAGAGAUAUCGUCAAUUGUUGAAAGAAGUUGAUGCUUUUUUACCUAAUCGCAAUAUCAAAUUGCAAGCUGAUAGUUUGAGGUCUUUGAUGAAAACUUUGAAGAGAAAAACAAAAAAGACCAUGAAGCAUUUAAAAGAAGUAAAGGAUUUCUGGCAUUACAUAACUAAGGCCGAAAUUUGGUGUGAGAGAGCUUCAGAUCUGUGGCCUUCCUUUAUCGGCAACAUGUCUUUUAAUGAUAUCAACCAUCCAAAUGUACCAUUAACUGAAAUUGACAAAUUUUUGGAAAAACAUUCGCCAUUGACCAAUGAGCAGUUAGACUGGCUUCUUCAAUUUUCAAGAAAUGUCAGCGAUAAAAUGACGCGUGAACGCGUUGCUUUAUUGGUAAAUCGUUGUCGACAUCUAAAAGCAGCUUUGGAAACUCCUGGGACACACGAGACUUAUGUUGGUCGGAGAUAUCCUAGAAACAAUGACGACUUUGAUGAUGUCUUUCCUCUUCCAAAAGACCCCAAUACUCUAGACUUACCAUCGUUCAUUGAUCAAACAUCUCCAAACACUACGCAUCAUCAAAGUGGGUAUGAAGUCAUGAGCUCGACAACUCUAUCUGAUGAGGUCAUAUUUGGUGACGUUAUAUCUGGUAAUGUUAUAUUUGAUGACGACAUUAAUCCCAUUGACGUUGGUCAGAGUGCUCGUCUUAACGAUAUUCAACGAAAACUUUGUGACCAAGAGUUAUUGUAUGAACAGCUGAUUCUUGAAAAUGAACUACAGGAAAUUUCUGAAAGGGAGUUCAGCUUGAAAGUCAAAAGUCAAACACAAACAUGCCAAAAUAUAUUUAAUCUCGAGAGUAAAAGUAGUGUUUCCCAAAGGUUGUUUGACAUAGAAGCAAAAUCAAAAGAAAUCACAAAUAACGAUAUUUCUGAUCACACAAUGCACAGUUUCGAAGCUGAAAAUAUAAAACCUAGUGAUAAAAAUGACCGCAAAUUGAUUUCUCCUUUAAGAAAAUUUGUCUCUAAAGAAGGUGCAAUUUUAGAUGAUGAAACAUCUGUGAAUGAAAUCAGCAAGAUGUCUACUAAGACCGGACGAUAUACAAACAUUGAUCUGUUAGAAGGCUGCAACAACUUAAAGCGCUUGUGUAGGAUUGAUAAACUCUCUACUACAAAAUUGAGAAACAGCUGUAACACUGAAUCUGAAAACUUAGCACAAAGGAAGAGCAGUAAAGACAACCAAGAGACUGCAUUGACAUUUGAUUGGUCGAAUAAAUUUAAAAAAAGUGAUCAACUAUCGAAUGAUGGUUUAUUUUCAGGUGAUUAUUUGAUGACUGCAUCACAAGAUUUCCACGAUAAGUCAUCUGAUCAAAGUAACUUUUCAUGUGAUCUUAAAAAAUCUCUAACUGGCAGUGGAAAGUCAUUAAUCACGAGUAGAAAUACGCUAAAUGUGAACAAUUUAUCUAUACCUCAUGAUUUUAAAGAUGACCAACUGACAUUGUUCCAUAGAGAUGAUACAUCUGGUAAAACUGAGAAAAAAUUGUGUGUCGAUAAAAUUUACCCUAGUGAUAUUAAAAGGUAACUUUCGAUUGUAAGCAAAAAAUACAUGACUGUAUGACUUGUUCAAAGGAAAAACACGCUGUUUCUACUCUUGAAGCAAUCGAGCAUUGGACAAAAGUAAAAAAUGACCAACGUCUGCUCUUGACCCAUGUUAUAGAAGACGAAAGAUUGAGAAAAGAAAUUGAAGAGAGAUAUUUUAACGCUCAAAUACAGCUUUUUAGAGUAAAGCAGCUCAGUGGCUGGAACACCACUUCUUUCUCACUUUUACAGCCUAAUUCUGACGUACAUUGGAGAAAGAUGUCAUUAUUUGAAACAGUUAAAAAGAUUGAUAGUCCUAUUGUGGAUGAAGCAGUGACUGAUGAAGAUGGAUUGAGAAAAAAUAAAGAAAGUGUGGUAUAUAAAGGGUUUUGUAAUGAGAACAAAGGAUUGAAAGACGAUGACAAGGAAUCAGUAAGUAGUAUUGUAGAAUCAAAGUUGCCACGAAAGUUUGCUGAUUCUGAGCCUAUGUCUGAUAGUUCAUUUAAGAAUAAAGUAACAUUGGAAGGAGUUAGGGACAAAUUUAAGUCAGCAAGUAAGUUGGAUGAUCAUAUAGAAAACAAUGAGCUUAUGGUGUUACACAGUCAAUCGUCUAGUUGUGUCAGUUUACAAGAUGAGUUACAACAAAACAUUUGGUCUGCACAAACUCUUCCAGAAGCUUCAUCUGGUCUGCAGCAAGAAAAAUUAUUAGGAAAGACAUUGGAAAAUUAUGAUACAAAUAUUAAAAGGAAAAGUGUUUGCAUCGUGAAAGAUAACAAAGAAAGUCUUCAACCACCCUUGAUAAAUAGGGAAAGUAUCUCUCAAAUUAAUGUUCAACAGAAGAUUGCUCUGUUUGAGAAAGCAGCAAUUUGUUUGACGGAUAAAGAUUCAUCAAAUGUAUUUAUCCAUAAAGAAAAAACUGAAGAAGCAAAAUGUAAAAAAAGUUGUACUAAAGAGAGUUAUUUAAAAUCACGUGAUCAAAAUAUUCAAGAAUAUGACCAUAGGAAAAAAUCUAUAAAUAAUGUAAAUGAAAAUUGCGUUGAAAAUGGCCAAAACGAAUGUGAUAUUGCAGAGGAUAAGUCAUUGAAACAUUCUAUUUACCAUUUUGAAGAUUUGACAAAUGGAUCAAAAGACGUGUCCGAAGCUUCAAAACACCUAAAGAUGAAGUUUGAGUUUGAUGAAAACUUUACGCCAAAAGCAAAAAGUGAAUUAUGUAUUUCGCAAGACAAUAAUGUUUCUGAUGUAGCAGGAAACGACGUAAAAGGACAAAAGCAAAUUGAUGCCAAACUUUUUGAACAGUCACUUGCAACUGUGAAAAAUGAUCAAAUUGAUUCAAACGAAGAAUAUUUGAACACCCCACCUUUUUAUUCCCAACUAUCCCCUCUUACCCCAACUGAUGAUUUUGUUGGUAACGAAACAUUGAAUGUGACUGUUAAUGAUUUCAUAAUUUCUGAUGAAGGAAAGACUACAGAUAAUAUAAAUUGCGAUAGCUGGAAAGACGGCGAUAAAAUGACAUCGAGUCAUUUACAAAAUAUAUUUAACAAUACUACGUUAAAUUGUGGAUCAAAUACGAAGACUAUAGACCAAGAUAUUGGUGGAGUAGAUAUAAAGAUGAAGAACAAUGAUGCAUGCGAUACACAAAAAAUACUAUAAUUAGUUUAGAAAUAGAUGGGAGUUUAAGCUUUGGGAAUUUUAUGGAUAACAAUGUUGAUCAAGUGACCAAUGAGGAUAUAAUUAAGGAUGUGAAAUAUUUAAAACCAGAUAAUUUGAAUGUGAAUGAAGAAUCUGUUGGAAGGAAUUAUUGCGACAAUCAUAAAGUGACACAAAGGUUAAUACAUGUCAAUAAUGACAUAAAAUUGGAGGAAAAGUCACAAGAGUACGAAGGCAGUCAUUUUGAUCAAUCUGUUGGAAUGAAAAAUGAUGAUAAUGACAUCACGAGGCUUGACGUGCUAGAUGUGGUGGUAGAAAUGGAUAAUAGUGGCUAUAAUCAAUCUAAAAAUACGAAAAACGUUUUAGAGAAGAGCUCGUUUGUCGAUGUUGAUGUUGCCAUUGAUGCAUUAAAUAAUGUGGAAAUCCUGCAUGGUGGUGAAGUUGUUGAUUGUUUUCAUAGUCUUAACGAGGAGUUUUCCUAUAAUGAUAGUCAAAGAACAAUUGAAAAUAUAUUUACAAAAACACCAAUAACUGACCACGAUAUUGUUGCACCAAAUGAUUUCGUUUCAACCUCUCCCAGUGAAGAUAUUAAUGGUGACAGUAAAAUAAAGAGUUCUUCUGACAAAUUGGACACGAUAAUUGCACCAAUAAACAAUUCUCAAGUAUCACAAUUGAAUGACUAUUAUCAUGAUAACAUAGAGGGAAAUUAUGGAAAUUUACAAGAUAGUGAAAAUGAUGAAGAUUUUGGUCCAGUUUUAGAGGAUAUCCAGGAAGAAGAAAUGGAAUAUGAAGAUCUGACGGGACAUAAGAAUGCAUUUUUUGAUAAUAACGAUGACGAUGAAAUAAUGAAAAUUGCCAUUACUAAUCCAUUAUCUUCAUCAUUUAACUCCGUGCAAACGAAUUAUGAGAACAUCCCAUAUUCCUCAUCGGUAAUUAUUGAUCCUGGUUCUAAUAGUAUCAAAGCUGGAUUUUCAAUUGACGAAAAACCUCGGGUAGUGAUUCCUUCUAUUGUUGGUUAUUCUCCGAAAUCGGAUUUUUGUUAUAAAAAUUUUUACGUCGGUGAUGAAGGAAAACAUUUACAUCACGUGAUUAAUAUGAACAAACCUGUCAAGAAAGGACUUGUUCAUAACUGGGAACUCUUUGAAAAGCUUUUGGAUGAAGUCUUUGAAGAAUUACGUUGUGAGGCUGACCAGUAUCCUGUUUUGUUAACUGAGCCAGUACUCGUACCUAAAACACAACGAGAAGAUAUAGUACAACUUCUCUUUGAAACAUACCAUGUACCAUCUAUGUAUAGCUCGUCCCAGGCCUCUCUUGCACUCUUUGCCACUGGACGAACAACUGGUGUUGUCUACGACUGCGGCUAUGGCAAAUGUCACUCGGUUCCAGUCUACGAAGGUUACCCUUUUCCACACGCCACUUUCACUACUGAAUUUGCUGGUGAUGAACUUACUAUGUGUCUAUCACGCAUGCUUAAAGAUCGUGGUAUUAACGUAGAAUGUAAUACUUCAAUAUCCAUCGCUGAGGACAUUAAGCGUAGAUUGUGCUACGUUGUAAUGGACUACGACAAUGAAAGGAGAGCGUAUAAUUUUGGAGAACGAAAAGACACAUCGUACAUGUUACCUGACGGGAAAAUGAUUCAAAUCGGCAGCGAAUGUUUCCGUUGUCCAGAGUUGUUAUUCUCGCCAUCCAUGGCGGGAAUAGACAUUGAUGGAGUUCAUGAAAUGAUCUAUAAAUCUAUCUUUCGUUGUUCUUUUGACAUGAGAACUAGUUUACUUGAAAAUAUUGUCAUUGCUGGAGGAUCGACAAUGUUUACAGGCUUCAACCGUCGUCUACAUGUUGAGCUUUCUAAGCUUGCUGGCCCCCAAGAUACUGUAAAAAUCUGCGCAGUGGAUGAAAGAAAUAUGCUCACUUGGCAAGGUGGUUCUAUGUUAAGCAAAGUUCCAAGUUUUCACUCAAUGUGGAUUUCGUCUUCUGAGUAUGAUGAAUUUGGACCAAACAUAGUUCACAGAAAAUGUGUUUAGUAGUAUAGAAUAGACAUUCAUUUCCAAAUGUAAUUAGCUCAUUUGCAUUCAUAAAAUACCUAGUUCUGGUAAUGCUAGGUUGAUACUGUAAAAAGUUGAAUUAUGAAGAAAACAAUUCAACAAUUUCAUGCAAAAUUUUCCAUUUUUUUGGGUUUUUUUCAUGAAUGGAAAUGGUCGUAUAUUAUCUUUCUUAUUUUUUUUCUAGCAAGUCCUCUUUCCUUAUAUCAACAAACUAUGUAAUGCAGAUAAAUUAAAAACUCUUCUCUGAAAUCUA